AUGGCGGCCCCGCCAGGGGACAACAACGACCCUGAGGGCAAAAUGCCGGAGCCCCGUGCGCGGGUCACGGCCGGCCCGGAACGGCGCAGCCCCGGAACCCGCGAGCGGCUCCGCGGGGCCCGGGCGGUGCCUGCGCCGCGCGCACCGUCCCGGCGCCUUCCUGCGGCCGCCGCUGCCGCCGCGCUGCCCCGGCCCGGCCCGGCCAUGCCGCGCCUCCUCCUCCUCCUCUUCCUCCUCGUCCCGCACCUCGGCCGCGCCGCCUCCCCCAGCCCGGGGAACAGCACGGAGCCGCCGCGGGCGGCCACAAGGAACGAGACGCAGUCGGAGUCGGAGCGCGAGUCCGGGCCGAGGCUGUCGGUGGGGUGGGGGCUGCCGGUGCUGAGGCGGGCGGUUUAUGUGCUGAGCGCUCUGUCGGCGUUGGCCGCGCUCUACUUCGUGCUGCGGGCGUUCCGCCCCAGGUCCGAGGGCUCCAGAAACGAGCCCAAAACUCAUUUCAGGUUGAAGAAGCCCCAGAGGAAGAAGUACGGGCUGCUGUCGAACCAGGAUGAGAGCAUCGAGCUGGGCUCCCUCGACAGUGACGAGGACACCGUGUUUGAAACGCGGAACCUGAGGCGAUGACUCGGGACCAGCGGCACUGGCUGCCCGGAAUGAUGGAGGGUCCAAUCCCGGUGGAAUCUCCAGUGCUCAAGUUUUAUAUUUGCUUACAGUGACUUAAUUAACAGUUCAAACCCUUCCGUAGCUGGGGCAGGGGAGAGGGGACCAAACCUGUUUUCUUCACGUGCGUUCUUGGGGACAUUUUUUGGGGAUAGAUGGGAGCUGUUCGCUGCACGGGGAAAGGCUGAGGUAAGGGAGAUGCUCCUGGACUUUAGCACCUGAAAUCUGAGCUCCAGAGGUGCCCCUGUGCCUCAUAUCCCUCUUUCCUUGCCCUGGAAGCAUCACAUUCCUUUUCCAGGCUGAUCCUCUUUCCUUCGUGCAAUAUCAGGUUACUUCUUUGGGAAGUGUCUCUGUAAUCAGCUCCUGGGAGGAGCUGGGAGAGCCCCGGUUGUGUCUGUUGAGCAAACGGGGGUGGGAGGGUGACAGGUCAGACUGAAGAGCUUUGGGAAUGAGUUAAAUUUCACAGGAUUGGCAGUUACUGGGAUAAUCCAGGGUCAUUCAUGGGUUUACAGAUGUGUUUACAAAUGAAAGGGGCCACAACCCAAAGGAAUAGUUCUCCAAAAGAGCCACCAAAAGGGCUGGGAAUGCCUGGACUCUGCCCAGCCCCAGUUGUGAGUUCACCAGGGACUCUUGUGACAUCUGCCAAGCUCUGGAUUUUGUGAUACCUGAGGAAGAGCCGGGUGUGAGCCAGGGAGUGUCUUGGAGCAGCUGAUGACUGGAAAAGGGGGACCCCAACCCCUCUUGUCUGAUUCAGGGCAGCCCUGGCCGAGUUACCUCCUCUGGAGGACCCUGGAGUUUCACUCCCUCGGCUGACACUCAGCCGGGAUCUUUCCUGCAGCCCAUUGUCAUGUGGAUAUUUAGGAUCUGAUUGCGUAGGACCAAAGGUGAAUGUGUCAGGAGGUUGUUGUUGGGUGGAUCUGCUGCUAAAGCAGUGAAAACUGCUUGCCAGGUGCUCCUUUCCUUGGAAACUGGCAGCACGUCCUGAAAUCCCACUUCUCCCCCAAGCUGGUAGUGCCUUUGUUUGGAGAACCCGGGGGAUUUGCCCUGCAGGCAGGGAGGGUCCCUGUGGCACCUUUAGGGUGAAUAUUUAGAAUCCCUUUGGAAUGUCUUUGGCUCCUUUCCUUUGGCUUACAAAUCCCCUGUGGAUCAGGGGCAGGGCUGGCACUUGGAGAAGGGGCAGGGAUGGUCAGGGAGAGGCUGGGCGCUGGCAGCUGCUGGGGGAUCUCCCGAGGCAGCCGAGGGAGUGCUGUGAUCCUGCGCUUUGUCUGUCCAGGACAGGUGAGGUUUCCCGGAGAAAUCCCACCCCCGUGGCAGCUCUGUCUUGUGUGUGCACAGAGGAUUUUAAAAUACAUAUAUAUAUAUAUAUUUUUAAUAACGUUGCCGUGUGCACACAGUGCUCGGAUCUGCCCUGUUUUCCUGUCGUUUGGAUCGUUUCACACCGGUUUUGGGUGCUCCCUUCUUGUUGUAGCUGCUGCAGAUGGGAGCGGGCAGAGGUUCCAUGUGGGAAUUGCCGGGGUGGCUCCACCCGGCUGCAGCUUCCCUGGGGAUGGUCUGUGAUCCGUGGUCAGGGAUCUCUUGAUCCUGCAGGGCUGCACGUGCUGGUAAUUCCCUGGCUCUUUUAUUCCUUCUGGAAAGUUGCUCCUUGUGCUCUUGAAGCCAGAUGAGCCCGACUCUCCCAAUCCACUGCCAUGCUCGGUGUUUGACCAACACAUUCCUCAUCCUUCCUUUACCUGGAGUGAUGAACCCGGGCAUUCCUCAGGCUCCCCUCUUGUUGGACAGGUGGCGUUUGCCAUUCCCAAGUUUCCUCACCCAGCAGGAGUGGAGCAUUUGUUUAAUGAUAAAUGAUUCAGAUCAGAGGGAACCUCGAGCAGAUCCUGCCCUGAAAAUGAUUCUGCUGGGUUUAAUUUUUGGCUGGAACAGAUGUUUGUGUUUGAGCGAGGAGAGGUGUGGAGCAGGUAAUGAGGUGCCUGGGCUGUGCUGUGUGGGUACCAGGGAAGGAAAUUGAGGUGCCAGCCUGGAAUUUCUGCACCACUUUCAUGUUUUCAGAGCCCUGCUGGCCACCUUUAAAGGGUGCAGGGUACAAAGGUGCCUGUGGGGCUGUCACUUGUCCUGACCUUGGGCUGGAGACAGGUUGGAGCUCUAAUCAGGGACCCUGUGAAGCUCUUUCCACUUCCAUCCAGCCCCUCAGCAGCAGUUGGCAUCUGGAUUUGCCCUUUGCAGGCCGUGACAUUCCAUCCCUGCUCUGCUCUGAGUCCUUGGAGGCCUUUUCUGAGAGGAGAAGACCAAGUGACAGAUUUGAGACUCAUUGAUAUGUUCAUCAUGAUCCCAUUUCCCCAGGAAGAAUCAGCUGCAGCAGCCACAUCGUGCAGUGUGAGCAGUGCCAGGCCAGGGCAGCUGUUCUUGGGGUGGAUCCUGCAAAUGACAGCAGCUUUGAGCACCUCACGUGACAUUUCCACAAAAGAGCAGUUCAGGUGUUCCCUCAGUUCCUCCACAUGUAUUAGAUACCCUCAUUUUAGGUCUGUUUGCACCAGCUGGAUCUUCCAGUAGCUUUCCAGUUUUAGUUUUUCAGGCUAAACGCAGGAAUGCAAACAGACCUGCCUGUGCCUGGCCCUGGGCAGGCCGAGGCCUCACCAGCCACUGCUGCACUUUUCUUUCUCCUGGAUGGAUCAGGGUGUUGCUGGAGGCUCCACGUGCCCGUUGUUCUGCAGGAUUCCUGCUCAUUCCAGCCGAAAGGAGCCGAUGCCCCGUGACAGUCACCACCUGUGUGCGUCAGGACUGACCGCAAGAAUCUGCUCCCAAAUAAGCCGAAGCCAAUUUUCCGAAGUUUACACAAUCCCUCUGUUAUCUUGGAGGCUUUCUGGGAUGCUCUGCUGCUGAUACCCAAACCGACUGGGCCAUCUGCAGGGUUGGUGGGAUCCGUGGGAGCGGGGUGAGAUCAGCUCUGGGGGUUUUGUUCUGUGCCUGGGAUGGGACCUGCAGCGCUGGGAGUGCUGGCAGUCAAUAAACAGCACUUGAGCA